GUGCCCUGUUUCAAGGAAGGUGAGCACCCCUACCUCGGGGUCCAUGUGCCCACCCCAGGCCCAAACAGAGGUGGGCCCCACCAUGACUGAGAAGGCAGAGAUGCUGUGUGCCCCCAGCCUGGUGCCCACCUUGCCACCUAAGCCUGCAUCACCUCAGGCAGAGGAAGUGGGCCACCAAAGCUCAUCACCCCCCAGGUUGCCCCCUGGGGUGCCAGUGAUCAGCCUAGGACAUACAAGGCCCCCAGGGACAGCCAUACCCACCACAGAGCUGAGCACCCUACGGCCCCCCUUGCUGCAACUUUCUGCCUUAGGACCCACCCCACCUGCUUUGGCCCUGCAUUACCACCCUCACCCCUUCCUCAACAGUGUCUACAUUGGGCCGGCAGGACCUUUCAGCAUCUUCCCUAGCAGCCGGCUGAAGAGGAGACCAAGCCACUGUGAGCUGGACCUGGCUGAAGGGCACCAGCCCCAGAAGGUGGCCCGGCGCGUGUUCACCAACAGCCGCGAACGCUGGCGGCAGCAGAACGUUAACGGUGCCUUCGCGGAGCUCAGGAAGCUGCUGCCAACACACCCGCCCGACCGGAAGCUGAGCAAGAAUGAGGUGCUCCGCCUAGCCAUGAAGUACAUCGGCUUCCUGGUGCGGCUGCUGCGCGACCAAGCGGCCGCCGUGACCGCAGGCCCCACCCCAUCCGGGUCCCGCAAGCGGCCCGCUCACAGAGUCCCAGACGACGGCGUCCGACAGGGAUCUGGACGCAAGGCCGAGGUGACCCUGAGCUCGCAGCCUGGGCUCCCCGCCGACCCCGACGGCAGCCCGGGUGGGGCAGCCUGGCCCAUCAAGAUGGAACAAACGGCUAUGAGUCCGGAGGUACGGUGACCUCACGCGGCGAGGCUCAGAGCCGAGGGCACCGGAGACUCAGCCCACGGCCGUCGAGGAAAGGGCCGACCUUGUGCUGAGCCUAAUCCCGAGCAAACUCGCCCAAUGAGGACGUCCCCAACGGGGCAAGUUUUCGAGAGCCUGGAAGGGUGACCGUCGCCCCCCCCCAGAGCCCCAAAGACCCUUUUUUAAGAAUCACGCACCGCCUGUUGCAAGUGGCUUUGCUCGUGUCCCUUUCCCAUAGACGAGGUCAGCGAGCCAACAUAGAGCGGUGAUCGGACUAACUGGUGUCUCUUUUUUUCAGGGCUGGGGUCGCUGUGGGA